UAAUCCGCCAUGUCGUUACCGGCAGAAAUCGAUCACCUACACCCCGAGGCGCAGCUCAUGAUUCGAGCAGGGGCUGAGAAAGGGGGAAAGAAUUACGAAGAUGCAGACACAAUAGAGGAAUCGCGAGCAAUCGUGGAGACACUGUGCGCAGAAACCACCCAGGCAGCCAACUAUCAUUAUAAAGGAGAAAAGCAGAUAUACACGGUCCCAUCACCACAUAGCCAAGCUGGAAUUCCGUUAUGGGUGUACCGGCCCAAGCCUUGUCCUCCCAGUCCAACUUUACUGGUGUUUUUUCAUGGUGGAGGGUUCGUCGUCUGUUCCACAAGGACCCAUGAAAUCUUGAUGCAGAUGAUGGCUGAUUUUACGGGGUGCAUAGUGGCGAAUGUAGACUACCGCCUGGCGCCAGAGAACAAGUUUCCUGCACAGCUAGAAGACUCAAUAGUAGCUGUAAAGUGGGUGAUGGAAAAUAAGGAGUUAAUUGGUGGCAGUAAAUCAAGCAAAGUGGGCACCGUUGGUGACAGCGUAGGAGGCCAACUCGCGACGACAACUGCCUAUGAGGUCCCGGGGCUGGCGUUUCAGGUAUUGCUCUACCCAGUUACGGACUGGAGACUGAACAAAGAUUCCUACAAACGCUACAAAGAGGGGUACUUUUUGUCUACAAAACAGAUGGAAUGGUUUGCCAGUCAUGCUUUCUGUUCUGUCGCUGAACGAAGUGACCCCAGGACCUCCCCGUUGCUAAGACCUCAGUUGGAGAAUCUGCCUCCUGCCUUGUGUGUGGUCGCAAGUCACGAUGUCUUAGUGGACGAAGGAAUAGAGUACGCCGAGAAAUUGAAAGCAGCCGGUGUACAUACAGAAAUAAUGAAGGUGGAAGGAGUAAUGCACGCUUACUUGAGUUUCCCAUGUUUUUACAAAGAGAAUGUGAAGGUCACUUUGGAGAGAAUGAAAGAAUUUGUGAACAUGUUUGGGAAUUAGACCAAUCGAAAGUAAA